AUGCAUAUCGUGUUGAAAAAUUUCGUGAAUCGUGAACCGCGAAUGUCGUGCGCCAUUAUGACGAUCAAAUUCCUCCGAUCAGUAUGGGUGUUUGGAUGGUACUGUGGAUCUAUGGCAUCGAAGGAAUGCAGUAGUAACCCGAAGAAUAGGAAAGCGACUACAAAAAGGGUGUUGCGACAGUGUUUUGGGGCAGGUCUAUUGUACGGUGGAACAAAGGCAGAUAUAGAGCGUGAAGCGUGGAGGGAAGGACAGACAGUAGGUAAUGGCAGGGAGCCGUAG